AUGGCAGACGUACCAGACGUCAGUUGUUCCAUCGCCUGUGUAUCCAAUGCUAUAAAAACACCCUGCACAGUAUCUUCAAGAUUUCCUCACGAAUUUGGAGUAAGGAAGUUAAGUGAGUGUAAAAGGCCUAUUUACAACCAUUUAAGACAGUGCUCAGUAAGUAAUUCCGACAUAGCAAGCGAAGGGCAACUGAUAGCCGUACGAUGUGGUUUGUUUGAAGUUGAUCUCAGCUUAUACACUGUGUGCCCCUUCCAUAGAGACAAUCUCGGAAUAGCAUGGCACGAAAAAUCUACGUGCCAGUAUCCUCUUCAUGAAGGGAGGGCCAAGCCAUACCGCAGAUUUACGCUCCAAUUGAGCAAGCUGGUUUUCAGUCAUUUUGCCUUAUUGGUACCAGUUGGCUCAGGCAUUUGCCGUAAGUGUAUUGACCUUGUCCACAACCUGCCUGAUAUUUUUAAGGAAAAUCUGAAACAGACAGACUUGAAGGCUGAAAAUGUGGAUGAAAAGAAUUUCUCAUCUGAUGUUACACAGAGGUGUGCUGAACAUAACCUGCAAGCAUUUCAGGACGAAGUUGAUGGGAUAUACACUGAAAAUUCAGAUCAGUUUUCAUCACAGGAGAGCCCUCACCUGUCACAGAUUUCAAACUGGAGUGAGGAAAAUACCACCGGACUAGAGGCAUUUAACAGUUUAGUCCAAACUUUAUGA